AUGUCGGAUGAAUAUGAGCGAUACGUUACUCGCAACAUCGUGGAACUUGUUGAAAAGUUGCGUCCGUCGUUGCUAUUAGAACAUUCAAUCGCCAGUAAUCUUGUGACUAUGCAAGAAGCUCGCAAACUGAGAAAAUGUUCUACAGAGCAAGACAGCACGCGAAUGCUGCUCUACGACAUCCUGCCAUACAAAGAAAACGCUGUUCAUAGAUUUUGCGAGGUACUCAAAGAAGCAGGUCAGUCGCAUAUCGCUAGAGACGUUAUGAAGAGAGGAGGCGUGGUUUUUGCAGAUGAGCCUGCAAGUAAUCUGCACACAGGACAGCAACACAUAAUAAGAGAAGUUAUGGGUAAAGAAGAUGUAGUGGAGAGUGCAAAGUGUAGCAUCAAAGUUGGUGUGAGUGGUCAGAAAGCGUCGAGUCAACGAUUUGUGUCAUCACCAUGCCGACCAUCUGGUACUCGAUGUGAGAGUGAGAGGAAAGAGGGAACUGCAGCACGUGACUUAGAAGUUGUGAAAACUGCAGUGUGUAGUAGGAAAGUCAAUGCAAGCGUAUGUCGAUCGUUGGAAGAAGAAAGUGUGAGGUCAACAGAUUUCAGUUGUCGCGACGACUGCACAGAGUCUGCAGCACUUGAUGUGUGUGGGGAGAGGAAGACUGAGUCACUUGCAGAACAAGUAGAAAGUGAAGAUGAAGAAGAAACGUUAUCAUGUCUAGAUGCAGAAGUGACAACAUCACGUGAUCCAGGAUCUUUACCUUCACAUUCUGCAUCUCAUGUGUGUGAAGAGUCUCUAUCUCUACCAUCUGAGUCGACAUCUAAUCCUUGGCCUUUAAUUCGUAGAAACUUCACUUUCCUGUCUGAACGUUUGCCUAUGAGUCCUUUCUUUAUUGGUUGUCUUUUUGAAAAGGAAUUGUUGUCAGAAGAUGAAUUUAAGAUGUUGAGUGACGACCACAUUGUUCGUGAUCAGAAAAUUCGUUUUCUUUUAGUUGACAUUUUACCCAGAAAGCCGUUUGUCAUGUUUACAUCAUUUUGUGAGAUUCUUCACUGUGUGGGUCAGUCACAUAUUGCAGACAGAUUACUAGAGAAUCCUCUGGAAGUGAAGCUCGUUCCAGAAGUGAGUGUGAGACGAUCAGAAAUUGCGAGUUUGCAGAAAGAAGUCGAGUUGCUGUUGGUUCAAGUGGCAGAUUUGGACAGAGAAAAGAGAGCAGCAGUUGAAGUGGAGAGACAACGAGCUGAUGAGGCUGAAGCAAAAGCGACUAAAGCUGAGAGUGAGAGGAAGAAAGAAGAAGUGAUGAGGAAGAAAGAAGAAGUGAUGAGGAAAGGAGAGCAGCUCACCAAUUUGGCAAUGAGAUUGAAGUUUUUUCCAUUAGAUGAGAUCAAUGACAGUCUGCCAUCAUGGACACAUUGGAAUGUACACAUUCCUCAUGACAUUUGGUAUCCAUAUAAUAGAAUGGGAGAGAUUGAAGGCAGACUAGUGGUAGGAGGUGAUGAUGGUAAUCUGCAUGUUCUCACUUAUGAACAUGAUAAGUGGGACAAGUUUGUCAGAAAGAAUGGUUACAUCAGGAAUGUAGUGUGUCAUCAAGGUGUGUGUCUGGUGUGUGUGGAGGAUGGAGAUAAAGAUCAGUUUGUGAUUGAGCAAUUUUAUUUGAAUGAAGACAAGAAAUGGCGUUUCCUCACAGUUCUACCAAACGAACUGCAGCUGGAUGGUGUAUCUGUUACUCUUCAUGACAACUCACUGUAUGUGGUGGGUGGUGAGCCUGAGCCAUGGGAGUGUGUGAACACAGCACGUAUGUGUGACCUUCACAGCGGUCAUUGGUAUAAGAUGGAUGACAUGCAAACAAAACGUCGUUUCUGUUCUACUGUUAUUAUAAACAACACAGUGUUUAAAAUGGAGAACAAUCCCCUCUACAACCACAUAUUGCUCUACACUGACGUCAGUCAGUAA